AUGUUCAUUAUCGAGUGGUUCCGUGAUGUGCUCUCCAGCCUUGGUCUGUUCAACAAGAAUGCCAAGAUCCUCUUCCUUGGUCUUGAUAACGCCGGAAAGACCACCCUUCUCCACAUGCUGAAGAAUGAUCGUCUGGCUACUCUUCAACCCACUCUUCAUCCUACCUCCGAGGAGCUCUCGAUCGCCAAUGUCAAGUUCACUACUUUUGAUUUAGGUGGACAUCAGCAAGCUCGUCGCAUCUGGAAGGACUACUUUGCUGAGGUCAACGGAAUUGUCUUCUUGGUUGACACUCAAGACCGUGAGCGUUUCCUGGAGUCUAAGGCUGAGUUGGAUGCUCUUCUUGCCAUCCAACAAUUGGAGCGUGUUCCCUUCUUGAUUCUUGGAAACAAGAUUGAUGCUCCUGGCGCUGUCUCUGAGGAAGAGCUUCGCUCUGCUCUCGGAUUGAUUCAGACGACUGGAAAGGGCAAGGUCCCAUUGAAGGAUAUGCGUCCCAUUGAAGUCUUCAUGUGCUCUGUUGUUAUGAAGCAGGGAUAUGGUGAUGGCUUCCUCUGGAUGUCCCAGUACAUCUAAGUCAAAAGAAUGAUUUGUUCAGUUCAUUGCAGUAUUUCAGGUCGACAAUACAUUGCUGAGCCAUACUCUGUUUUGUUCUUCUUUCGGCCGUUAUACUAUAUAGCCACUGUUUCUCUUCCCUUUUGCUCUACCUUUUUUUUUUCUUUUCCCAUCCUAUAAUACAAAUCGAAUUAUGAAAACAGUUUUUUAUAUGAAUAUUACUCUGCUCAUAUCUUUUACAGGCGAUAUGAAAAUAGUCAACUCCAGCUAAAGGGGGAAAAAAUGAGGUUCGUGUGGACAUUAAAUACUUGAUUAAGGAGAGCAACUGAGCCAGUAAUUCUGGACAGUUUAGUUGGGUUUAGAGUAUCAUUGCAAAUAGGACAAAUAUUGUUGCAUGCCCU